GAUCCAGGCCCUGGGAGGUUCCUAGGAACCUGGAAGUCUCAGCUCCGACUCAAGAAGAAAGAAUUCGACUGAGGGGCAUAAGGCAGAAGGAGAGACCAAGGAAGACAGCAGGAGUGGAAGGAAGGAGCUACACUGGGAAGAGGGCCAAGUGGGCAACUUGAGACAUGAAACCCUCCCAGUCCUGAGGAGAUUAACAGUUGAGCACCUUUUAAAGAUCUGAAUAGGGAACAUUUGCCAUCUAUUGUCUCCUAAGGACAGCCACUAUAAAACUUCAAAAGAACUUCGGUCUCCACAAUCUUUAUUUUAACCUGUACACCCCCUUUCUACCAAUCCCAGGUCUUUAGACAAACUCAGUGACUCAAUCAUCAACGAGAGGAUUAAAUUCACCUGCAGGCUGGAGCACUGCCGCCGCCCCCUCCCCCCCACACACACAACACCCCAGCUUUGUGUUGUCCUGCCUUUCUGGACCAAACCAAUGUAUUUAUUUUUUUUUUCAAUGUAUUUCUUAAAUGUAUUUGAUUGAUGCCUCAUGUCUCCAUAAAAUGUAUAAAACCAAGCUGGGCCCCGACCACCUUGGGCCUAUGUUCUCAGGAUUUCCUGAGGGCGGCAUCAGGAGCCAUAUUUAGCUCAGAAUAAAUCUCUUAAACUAUUUCACAGAGUUCGACUCUUUUCGUCGUCGUAAUUUAGAGCUUAAGAUUGGCCUUUUGAGAUUUCCCCCCCUCUUUUUUUGCGUGCCUGACACCCAUGGCUCCCCCUGGACCUGACAGCUCCUGUGGUCCCACCUGGGAGGAGCGACUCAGCUCAAGAGGACAGAAAGGGUCUAUUAAAUCUUUUUUUUUUUUCCCCGCAGAGUACUCUGCCGCCCAGGCUAGGGUAGGGUGCGGUGGCGCGAUCUCGGCUCACGGCAGCCCCCGCCUCCCAAACCCUUUCUUUACUGCAACGCCCUCGCGGGCAGGAAGGCCCCUCCAGCGAUUGCAAAUGGAUGCCCGCCGCACCCAGAGUCCGCCGGUCGCUUCCCCUCUCGAUCUCCGCCCUCUGGGAGGCAAACCUGUCCACGCCGCGGUCAGCCUGGCCGGUCCCACGGCAUCCCGUGUGGGGCAGGUGUGUCCUCCGGCGCCUGCCGCCUGGGCUCGGCGUCCGCCCCGUGUCCCCCAGGAGGGUUUCUCCCGCUGUGGACGCGCCCCGUGUGGCCGCCUCCUCCCGACCGAGAGCACCUGCGCCGCGCCUGGUCUUGCCCUUCUCCGGAGCCGGCGGCCCGAGUCUCCCCUGCAGAGGAGGAGAGGCCCAACGCCGCUGGGGCCUGGCGGGCGAUGCUGUCCACGGGGACCCGAGUCCGCGGCGGGGAGCGGCCGGGCCGACCAGCUCCGCUCCCGCGAGUGCUGUUUGGGAAACUUCUCGGCUCGGGCUUUCACCUCCCCGCGGUCCGCGCACACCCCACGCCCGUGGGGACCGGGAUCUGGCCGCGCUGCGGGGCCGUGGCGAGCUGGCGUUCGGCACCCAGGACCCACGACGCGCGCUGCGUCUCCGCCUUCGUGAUGCCUCAGACUUCCCGUCACAUUUCAAGACUGCAGGAUCCCGGGGCCCUCGCUGGGUGCACCAGAGGGGUCUCCCCCGGCAGGACCCUCUUCCCGAGCUCCCGCGGGGCUCCUGGUCGAAGCUGCCCUCCCGGGCCCUCGCGAGCGCUGCCCGCCUGGGGGAAGUCCCCGCACCCGCGCACCCCGCACCUGGGCCUGGGCACCUGGCUCCGCCGCCCCCGCGGGCCCGGCUGCUGCUCCCGCCGGCCUCCCUGCCUCGGGGCGAGCGCCUUUCCCUGAUCCGGCGGCACCGGGCCGUCCCCUCAAUGCCCAGGACCUCCGAGCCGGCCUCGCUCCCUGGUCACGCUGGCAAAAGUGGAACCCUGGGCGAGAGGGCGCGCCCUGAUGCGCGUCCAUGGCCCCCUCCCGGGGACCCCCACAGUCAGGGCGCCGCAGGUGAGCGGCAGGGGAAGUGGGGGACAGUUAGGGCGGUCGGUCCCCAGCUAGGUCCCGGGAGAGCCCUGCAGUACCGCCGGCUGAGGCAGAAGGCAGGCGGGGCUUGUCAUCGCGGUCCCACUGCUGGCAGGCUGAGAGCCAGAAUCCCCCGAGGGGCAAGUCACCUGUGGGAGGACCCCCGCCGCCCCAGCGAGGCCCUGCUUUGGCCCCAGGAACUCCUCUACCCAGGAGGCCCAGCCAGUUUUGGGUUCAGACUUCAGAGUUUCCGUCCGACUUGGUGGAGAAGUCACUGAGUCCGACUGGCUUCCGCAGUCAGCCCACAGUGGGGGCUUCGCGCCACCCUCGGGCCACUGGCUGCCCCCACCCCAGGGGAGCAGGAAAGACCCCGGCUGGACUGGAGGAGGCAGGUGCCAGGACCCAGCACACCUGGAUCACCCAGGAGGGGCUGCAGCCCUGAGGCUCCUUCAGCUGCUACUCUGCCCCUCCCACAGGGCACAAGCCGCACACCAAGCCCCUGCCCCUCCCACAGGGUCUAAGCUGCACACAUCUGCAAGAAGAGCUGCUCCAGCCAACUCAGAGGCAGGCAGGGUUGUCCUGGCCCAAAGGUAUUCUGGCGCCAGAGAAACACCCACCCCACAGUCCUGGUCCGGCUACUGCCCACGGCAGAAGGCCGAAACCAGCAAAUUCUGAGCACAUCCCUGCUCCCCACCAGAGCUUCACAGAGGAGGGAUGCGACUGUGCAGGGGCUAACACUGGGCUGUCUCAGGACUAGGCUGGGACCGUGCAGCAGGGUCCCCACUCCAGGUGAAGUCACAGCAUCAUCACAAGCACGUGCACUUUAUUGAAUGUCAUUGUGGACAGGUGUGUGGGGAUAAAAUGCUGUAUCUAGGGGGAGGACCAAGGGGACAGGGACAACAGCCCCAGCGUGAGGGCCAGCAUUGCAAAGUGGAGUACAAGGGUCGCGGGCUAUGGGCAGCUACUAGUAACGCUGUUUUUCCUGUACGAUCUGUAACAUAACAUGGUAGAUUG